AUGGCCACAACUACUACAACAGUUACCGCUUCCGAACAGAAUUCUGAUCCUACCAAGAUACAUUGUGCCGGUUUGCAAUGUGGUAGGGAGACUUCGUCCCAAAUGAAGUGUCCUGUAUGUCUAAAACAGGGCAUCGUUUCCAUUUUUUGUGACACAAGCUGUUAUGAAAACAACUACAAGGCUCACAAAUCUUUGCACAAUGCUAAAGACGGUUUGAAAGGUGCUUAUGAUCCCUUCCCAAAAUUCAAAUAUUCCGGUAAAGUGAAGGCUUCAUAUCCUUUGACUCCAAAGAGAUACGUCCCUGAAGAUAUUCCUAAACCAGAUUGGGCUGCCAACGGACUGCCAGUUAGUGAACAAAGAAACGACAGACUUAACAACAUUCCUAUCUACAAGAAGGACCAAAUUAAAAAGAUUAGAAAGGCCUGCAUGUUGGGUAGAGAGGUUCUUGAUAUUGCCGCUGCUCAGGUCAGACCAGGUAUUACUACAGAUGAAUUAGAUGAAAUCGUUCACAAUGAAACAAUCAAGAGAGGUGCUUAUCCUUCCCCUCUCAACUACUACAAUUUCCCUAAAUCCCUCUGUACCUCUGUCAAUGAAGUUAUCUGUCACGGUGUGCCUGACAAAACCGUAUUGAAGGAAGGUGAUAUUGUCAAUUUGGAUGUUUCCUUAUACUACCAAGGUUAUCAUGCUGACUUAAACGAAACGUAUUAUGUUGGUGAGAACAUUUCUAAGGAAGCUCUUAAUACCACUGAGACAUCAAGAGAAUGUUUGAAGCUAGCCAUUAAAAUGUGUAAGCCAGGUACUACCUUUCAAGAGUUAGGUGAUCAUAUUGAGAAACAUGCUGCCGAAAAUAAGUGCAGUGUAGUAAGAACCUAUUGUGGACAUGGUGUUGGUGAGUUUUUCCACUGUUCCCCCAAUAUUCCUCAUUACGCCAAGAAUAGGACACCUGGUGUUAUGAAACCGGGUAUGGUUUUCACCAUCGAACCUAUGAUUAAUGAGGGUACUUGGAAGGAUAUGACCUGGCCUGAUGACUGGACUUCUACCACUCAAGAUGGUAAAUUGAGUGCUCAAUUUGAACAUACUCUGUUGGUUACCGAACAUGGUGUUGAAAUCCUAACGGCCAGGAGUAAGAAAUCUCCAGGUGGUCCAAGACAAAGAAUUAAAUAG